AUGAUUCCUUUAGCUUCCACCCUGCCGAGUCAGAUUCGGCACCUGCUCCGGAGCUUGAACGGUUCCAACUCCGAUCACGUUUUUGAAGAAAUCAUCCAGUUCACCAAAUAUGGAGUUGAAGGGAACAUAUUGAUACUUCAAGCAUGUUUGGAUCAUCUAAAUGUGUAUGAAAGAGACUUGAAGAACGGGCAACUAGAUCCAGUUUUUCGUUUAGUGUUUAUAUACUUUCUGGAUAAACCUAAUUUCAGCACUGUGUUUUGUGAAUCUCUUAAGAGUAAAUUCAAUGAAGAUGUCUUGAAUAAUCUCUCUAAUGCCUUGAGCCUCACUGCCUGUGAAAGAAUUGCAACUGGUCUUGCUUUAUCUGAUUCUGAAAACAUUGACAUCAGGAUGUGUGGAAAGAAUUUUUGCAUGGCUCAGAUAGUGGAAUUAUGUACGUCUCAGACCUCUGUUGAUUCUGCAGAUCAAAUUCAGCAGAUUCUGAUGUUUCUUAACAAGUCUGAAGGCCUUUCAAAGCAUAUAGAUGCUUUUAUGCAGAGGUUAUCUCUUGUGCAGUUGGAGGAAGAAGCUCAGUUCCUGUUAGCUCCUCUUUUUCCGGAUGAGCUUUUUGAGGCUAAUUUCUUCAGGAGCGAUGCUGAUGAUUUUGAUGCUUUCCUUGCCGAAAUGGAAAAGGAAAUGAGCAUGGCUGAUGUAAUGAAGGAGUUAGGAUAUGGUUGUACUGCCAGUGUUCCACAAUGCAAGGAGAUAUUAUCCAUGUUCUUACCGUUGACAGAAGUCACCAUUGCUAGAAUGCUUGGUACAGUUACCCGUACCUAUGCAGGUCUUGAGGACAAUCAGAAUGUUCUCUCAACUUUUCGUUCUGCUCUUGGUAGCAGCAAUGCUUCUGAAAUCCCGUCUUUGAGCUCCUGGAAUGCAAAUGCCCUUGUAGAUUCGAUCAAGGAACUAGCACCUGAAAUCAACUGGACAGUGGUUGUGGAGAAUCUGGAUUAUGAGGGAUUUUAUAUUCCAAAUGAGGCAGCGUUUUCCUUUCUUAUGUCGAUAUAUAAUCUUGCCUGUCAGGAACCCUUUCCUCUCCAUGCUGUUUGUCGCUCAGUGUGGAUGAAUGCUGAGGGACAGCUGUCUUUUAUCAAGUAUGCUGUUGUGGCCCCACCUGAAGUAUUUACCUUUGCACAUUCUGAGAGGCAAUUGGCUUACCUUGAUGUUGUAAAUGGUCACAAGUUUCAACCUGGGCACUCAAAUCAUGCAUGGUUAUGCAUUGAUCUUUUGGAGGUCCUAUGCCAGCUUGCUGAGAGGGGUCAUGCAACCACUGUGCGGUCCAUUCUUGAAUAUCCUCUUAAGCAGUGUCCUGAAAUUUUGCUUCUUGGGGUGGCUAAGGUUAACACUGCAUAUAAUCUCAUCCAGAAGGAGGUGGCUUCAGUGCUGUUUCCAAUUGUAAUUAAGAAUCCUUCUGGGAACUCUAUACUUCAUAACUUGUGGCAUGUUAACCCUGGCUUGCUUUUGUGGGGAUUUGCUGAUGCUAUUAAUACUGAUCAAGAGAAUGUGACAAGGGUUUUGGAAUCCUGCCUGGAGCUGAAGAUUCUACCUCAAGUACUGGAUAUGAUUCCUUCUUGCUCUGCCAUUAGACUUGUUGCUGUUGCUUCGAGAAGGGAAUCCAUAGAUUUAGAGAAGUGGGUGAGCAAUAACUUGACCACAUAUAAGGAUGCAUUCUAUGAGGAGUGCCUGAGAUUUCUUAAAGAAGUUCAGCUUGGUGCUCAGGAAGCUUCUGGUAACCGUUUUCAACAUUCUGGUGCUUUGUGGAAUGUCCUUCAAGCAAACCCCGGCGUGUUAUCCUCCAGCCACUUGUCUGAGGAAUUGGAAAAAUUGCAUGUAUCAUAUAAGCAUGCUAAUAGUAGACCUAGAAAUGGUGUGGGUGCUGAUUCAUCUGCAAGUGAUGGUUAUGCUGAUGACAUAGAGUCUGAAGCCAACUCGUACUUCCAUCAAAUGUUUUCUGGCCAGCUGACAAUUGAUGAUAUGAUUCAAAUGCUAUCUCGUUUCAAAGAAUCCCCCGAGAAAAGGGAGCAAUCAAUUUUCGAGUGUAUGAUUGCUAAUUUAUUUGAAGAAUACAAGUUUUUCUCCAAAUAUCCGGAACGGCAACUGAAAAUUGCUGCAAUUCUUUUUGGUUCCCUCAUAAAGCAUCAACUUGUGACUCAUCUCACUCUUGGUAUAGCCCUUCGUGGUGUUUUGGAUGCACUACGCAAACCCGCAGAUUCAAAGAUGUUUGUCUUUGGCACUAAGGCUCUGGAGCAGUUUGUGGAGCGGAUGAUUGAGUGGCCGCAGUACUGCAAUCAUAUCUUACAGAUAUCUCAUCUUCGUGUUAGUCAUCCAGAGCUUGUUGCUUUUAUUGAACGGGCACUUGUACGUAUUUCUGCUACACAUUCAGAAUCAGAUGCAGUACAAGGUGCCCCUAAUGAUCAACAUGGUUCUAUGCAGACAUCUGGUACAAGUGUUGAGGUGUCUAGCUCGUCUUUCUCAAUGGUUGGAUCUGGUUCCACCCAGCAAGGGCUUCAAGUUUCUUCUACCCUACUGCCGCAGAGGUCGCAAUUUUCACAAGAUGAGAGGAAACCCCUUGCCAUUGUGACGUCUUACUUGAAACCAGUUGCACCUUCUGGAGGUCAGUCUGUUCCUCUGGGAAGUGAUACGUCUAGCAUCGCGAAGUCACAACUUGUAUCAAAUGCGUUAGCUCAGCAUUCAUCUUCUGGUGUUGCUCGUGCAGUCCGUAGCCAGAGGUUUGGCUCUGCUUUGAAUAUUGAAACACUUGUUGCUGCUGCAGAGAGGAGAGACACUCAAAUAGAGGUACCAGCUUCAGAAGUUCAGGAUAAGAUUUCAUUUAUUAUUAAUAAUUUAUCCGCUGCAAAUGUGGAAGCUAAAGCCAAAGAGUUCACUGAGAUUUUGCAAGAGCAGUUCUAUCCCUGGUUUGCGCAGUACAUGGUGAUGAAAAGAGCGAGCAUCGAGCCGAACUUCCAUGACUUGUACUUGAAGUUCUUGGACAAAGUGAAUUCAAGGGCUUUGCAUAAAGAGAUAGUGCAAGCAACCUAUGAGAAUUGCAAGGUUCUUUUGGGCUCGGAGCUUAUAAAGUCAAGUUCGGAAGAGCGUUCGUUGCUGAAAAACCUUGGAAGCUGGCUGGGGAAGAUUACAAUUGGCAGGAAUCAAGUAUUAAGGGCUAGAGAGAUUGAUCCCAAAUCUCUGAUCAUGGAGGCAUAUGAGAAAGGAUUGAUGAUUGCAGUAAUUCCCUUCACCUCCAAGGUUCUAGAACCAUGUCAAAGUAGUAUAGCAUACCAACCUCCUAACCCUUGGACGAUGGGAAUUCUUGGAUUGCUUGCUGAGAUUUACGCUAUGCCAAAUUUGAAAAUGAAUCUCAAGUUUGACAUCGAGGUCCUUUUCAAGACUUUGGGUGUCGAUCUGAAAGAUGUACCUCCAACUUCUCUUCUCAAAGCCAGAGUGAGAGAAGUUGAAGGCAAUCCUGAUUUUUCUAUCAAAGAUGCUGCAUCUUCCCAACAGAUAGGCGGUGAAGUGAAAGUACCGCCCAUAAAUAAAGUUGACCUGCCACCUGAUGUACCUGGUCAGGUUCACCCUGCUGCUCAUCCGCGAGUGUUGACCCAGUUUGCUCAACCUGGAACACCUGAAGAUGAUAAGGUGCUGCCAGCUGUGGGGUUGCCCGAUCAACUUCCUCCCUCUAGUCUUUUGCCUGGGCCAUCUCCGUUCUCUGUGAGUCAGCUUAAUGCUCCGCCAUCUAAUAUUGAGCAGCUAAUUGUGGUUAAUCCAAAGCUUCAUAAUUUAAGCCUGCAUGUUCAGAGGAUUCUUCCGAUGGCAAUUGAUCAAGCAGUCAAGGAGAUAGUUUCUAACAUCAAGCAGCGUAGCGUCUCUAUAGCAACUCAAACGACUAAAGAACUUGUUUUGAAGGACUAUGCCAUGGAGACGGAUGAAACCCGCAUACUUACUGCAGCCCAUCUUAUGGUUGCAAGUCUGGCCGGAAGUUUAGCUCAUGUUACAUGCAAGGAACCCUUGCGAGCUUCUAUAUCAAGUCAGCUCAGGAGUUCACUCCAGGUCUUGAAUGUUUCGAGUGACCUUCUUGAGCAAGCCGUUCUGAUUGUGACCAAUGACAAUGUAGAUCUUGGUUGUGCAAUGAUUGAACAAGCUGCUACAGAGAAGGCUUUGCAAACCAUUGAUGGAGAAAUGGCGCAUCAGCUUGCAAUAAGAAGGAAACAAAGAGAGGCUGUUGGCCCUGGAUAUUUUGAAUCCACUCUCUACAUUGGUGGUUUACCAGAGGCUCUUCGUCCUAAACCUGGCCGCUUAUCCCAUUCUCAGCAACGAGUUUACGAGGAUUUCGUGAGGUUACCUUGGCAAAACCAAUCUAGUCUGAGCUCAACUGCUGUGCCUGUUGGUCCUUCAUCAACAUCUGUUAGUGGUAGUGUUUCCAGGCUGACUUCUGGGCAGAUGAGUACUGCUAUGUAUCCCAUGGGAACCAUAAGCUCUGGGACUGUUUCUGGUCAGCCACCACUUGGUUUCACCCCUGAUGAACUAGAUACAAGUUUGACCCAAACUCAAAGUACCUCUACAGCUCAUGUGGGAAUAGGAGAUAUGGUCAGUCCACAAAGUCCUGAAACUGAAAAUCUUGCUGCAUCUUUCCCGGCAGUUCCCGCUGAACCACAGCUGUCAGAACCAGUUAAUGUUGCUAAGGAACCGGGAAUAGCUCAGUCUUCAGUUCCAGAGCGCCCAGGAAGUAGCGCACCAGAGCCCUUGUUCAAUACUGGGGAUGUGCUAGAAAAAUACCAGAUUAUUUCAGAGAAGCUUGAAAACCUAUUGGCCACUGAUGCUAAAGAAUCAGAGAUUCAGGGUUUAAUUGCUGAAGUUCCGACGAUAAUCCUUAGAUGCCUAGAGCGAGAUGCAGCUGCAUUGGCAGUGGCUCAAAAGGCUUUCAAGGCUCUGUAUGAAAAUGCAUCCAAUAUGGCGCAUGUCAGUGCUCAUCUUGCUAUCUUGGCAGCAAUUCGUGAUGUGAGCAAGCUUGUUGUCAAGGAACUUACUAGCUGGGUGGUGUACUCUGAAGAAGACCGGAAGUUCAAUAAAGAUAUUACUGUUGGUCUCAUCAGAAGUGAAUUACUAAAUCUGGCAGAGUAUAAUGUACAGAUGGCUAAGUUUCUUGAUGGUGGAAGAAACAAGGCUGCAACUGAGUUCGCCAUUUCUCUUAUCCAAACGCUGCUUAUUAAUGAUUCCAGAGUUGUGUCAGAGCUGCAUAAUCUGGUGGCUGCUAGGCCAGGAUCUCCUGAAUCUUUACAGCAGCUUGUUGAGAUUGCAAAGAACCCAGCUACUGCUAAUAAUUUGCCUGGUGUUUCUUCUAUCGGAAAGGAUGACGGCAGUGGACUGGGUCGAGAGAAAAAGGGUACAGGACCCCCUGCUGUCAUCAGGGAGGAGUAUAAUGGCGGCACAGAUCCUGUUGAGCCUGAUCCUGCCGGCUUUCGAGAACAGGUUCAAAUGCUGUUUAAAGAUUGGUAUCGGCUUUGUGAGAUUCCUGGGGUCAAUGAUGCAGCUUGUGCCCAUUAUAUUUUACAGUUACAUCAGAAUGGCCUACUUAAAGGGGAUGAUACCUCCGAUCGCUUCUUCCGCUUGCUAACAGAAUUAUCGGUUUCACAUUGUUUAUCAUCGGAGGCGAAGGGAGCUGCUCCUGCUCAAUCACAUCCAGGGCAACCUUUGUCAUUUCUUGCCAUUGACAUCUAUGCCAAAUUAGUUUAUUCGGUUCUGAAGUUUUGUCCCGUAGACCAAAGUCCUAGCAAACUUUAUCUUCUUUCUAAGGUCCUUGCUGUGACUGUGAAGUUCAUUCAGAAGGAUGCUGAGGAGAAGAAAACUUCCUUUAAUUCGAGACCAUAUUUUAGGCUGUUUUUGAACUGGAUCCUGGAUUUGUGUUCUCUGGAUCCUUCUUUUGAUGGUGCAAACUUUCAGGUGUUGACUGCUUUAGCAAAUGCCUUUCACGCUCUGCAACCUCUUAAAGUUCCUGGAUUCAGCUUUGUGUGGCUUGAGCUGGUGAGCCAUAGAAGCUUCAUGCCAAAGUUACUCACUGGUAAUGGUCAAAAAGGGUGGCCUCACAUUCAGCGCUUGCUGGUUGACUUGUUCCAGUUCAUGGAGCCUUUCCUGAGAAAUGCUGAGCUUACCGAACCGAUACAUUUUCUCUAUAAGGGGACACUCAGGGUGUUGCUGGUGCUACUUCAUGACUUUCCGGAGUUCCUUUGUGAUUACCAUUUCAGCUUCUGUGACGUCAUUCCCCCUAGUUGCAUUCAGAUGCGCAAUAUUAUACUCAGUGCUUUUCCUCGCAAUAUGAGGCUACCUGAUCCCUCCACACCAAACUUGAAGAUUGAUCUACUGGCGGAGAUUAGUCAAUCGCCGCGCAUUCUCUCCGAUGUUGAUGGUGCCCUUAAAUUAAAGCUCAUGAAGAAUGAUAUAGACGAGUAUCUUAAGACAAGACCACAAGGGUCUCCCUUUCUGAGUGAGUUGAAACAGAAACUUCUGCUUUCCCCAAGUGAUGCUGCCAGAGCUGGGACUCGUUAUAAUGCUCCGCUGAUCAACUCACUCGUGCUUUAUGUUGGCCAGCAAGCCAUACAGCAGCUGCAGGCAAGAACACCACCUUCUGGACAAUCUAUGGCCAGUAGUGUUCCACUUGCUGUUUUCCUAGUUGGUGCUGCACUGGACAUUUUCCAGGCACUGAUAGUGGAUCUUGAUACCGAGGGGCGUUAUUUAUUCUUGAAUGCGGCUGCUAAUCAGUUGCGUUAUCCAAACAACCACACCCAUUACUUCUCUUUCGUCCUGCUCUACCUUUUUGCAGAAUCAAAUCAGGAAAUGAUCCAGGAACAAAUCACCCGAGUUUUGUUAGAGCGGCUGAUUGUGAAUCGACCUCACCCAUGGGGCUUGUUGAUUACUUUCAUUGAGCUUAUAAAGAAUCCUCGAUACAACUUCUGGAGCCGUGGUUUCACAAGGUGUGCACCGGAGAUUGAGAAACUCUUCGAGUCAGUUUCAAGAUCUUGUGGGGGCCCUAAGCCUGUGGAAGAUGGUGGCAUACCUGAUAACAUGCAUUAA